CAUCAUCUCCUCUUCGCCCUUCGACUUUAUCAACAAACGGAAGGUGCAUCGAGGACUUCAAAUUGCUUGGCGGAACUGUUUAUAUUGCUUCAGUAACUAAGUACACAUUUCAGGUCAAAAUCCAAGAUGUCGAACAUAAUGCGGCUGGUGGUGAGCAACUACAACGAAUUAACAGAAGUAAAAAGAGAAAUUAUGCUGGAUUCGUGGCCAAUGAUGGGGUCACCUGGACCCAUGCUGUGCAUCGUGGGAACGUACUUGGCGUUCGUUUUGAAAGUUGGACCGAAGAUGAUGGAAAAGAGGCCGGCCAUGCAAUUGAAUCCUUUGCUGAUCGCUUAUAAUGCGUUUGUUGUUCUCUUCAGUCUUUGGUUGAGUGUUAUGGUAUUGAAUCAAGAUUAUUUUUUAUUAGCAUUUAUUUUCAUUAAACUGUAUGUGAUAGCUCAAUCAACCACUACUGAACCCUGGUGUGAAAUAUAUGCUUGUCCCAUCGAAAUGCAACAGUGCGAGUCGGGAUCCCAAAGAUAUAUUGAUACAAACCGCAAAUCAAUAAUACUAUUCUUAUUUUGUGUUAAACAGUUUGCAAAAUUGGGAUGGUGGUACUUCGUCGGAAAGAUCAUCGAACUUCUCGAUACGGUGUUCUUCGUCCUCCGCAAGAAGCAGAAUCAGGUGACCUUCCUGCACGUCUACCACCACACCAUGACAUCGGUGUUCUCGUGGUGCUACCUCAAGUUCCUGCCCGACGAACAGGGUGCCAUGAUCGCGUUCCUAAACAGUAUCGUGCACAUCGUCAUGUACACGUAUUACCUGAUCGCGGCUCUCGGACCAAAUUAUCGGAAGUACCUGUGGUGGAAGAAGUACAUGACCGCGAUGCAACUGACACAGUUUGCUCUCAUGCUUGGAUACCUGCUGAUGAUUCUGGCGAUGGACUGCAAAUUACCGAGGGCGAUCACCUAUUUCUUCAUGGCCAAUGUGGUGAUUUUUAUUUAUUUGUUCAGUGACUUUUACCGAAAGGCGUACAGCAAGAAGGAAGUUUAA